AAAUUGUUUAACAAAACUCUUUUUCAAGAAAAAAUUUCUUGAUGGAUUCUCAAUAUUUUCUUGCAUUUUCCCUUUCUCUUCUCUUGAUUUUCUCUCAAAUUUCAUCUUUCUCCUUUAGUGUUGAUCCAACUAGAAUCACUCAACUCUCUUGGACUCCUAGGGCAUUUUUAUACAAAGGAUUUCUCUCAGAUGAGGAAUGUGAUCAUUUGAUUAAGUUGGCAAAAGGAAAGCUUGAGAAGUCAAUGGUGGUGGCUGAUGUUGAUUCAGGUGAGAGUGAAGACAGUGAAGUACGCACAAGUUCUGGAAUGUUUCUGACCAAAAGACAGGAUGAUAUAGUAGCUAAUGUCGAGGCUAAACUUGCUGCAUGGACCUUUCUUCCUGAGGAAAAUGGGGAAGCCUUACAAAUACUGCACUAUGAGAAUGGUCAAAAAUAUGAUCCGCAUUUCGACUAUUUUUACGACAAGAAAGCUCUAGAGCUAGGUGGUCAUCGGAUCGCCACCGUACUAAUGUACUUGUCCAAUGUCACAAAGGGUGGAGAAACAGUGUUUCCCAACUGGAAGGGUAAAACACCUCAGCUGAAAGACGAUAGCUGGUCGAAAUGUGCAAAACAAGGCUAUGCAGUGAAACCGAGGAAAGGUGACGCAUUAUUGUUCUUCAAUCUUCAUCUAAAUGGAACAACGGACCCAAAUAGCUUACAUGGAAGUUGUCCGGUGAUUGAGGGAGAGAAAUGGUCAGCAACUAGAUGGAUUCAUGUUAGGUCAUUCGGUAAGAAGAAACUUGUGUGUGUGGACGAUCAUGAGAGCUGCCAAGAAUGGGCAGAUGCAGGGGAAUGCGAGAAGAAUCCAAUGUACAUGGUGGGUUCGGAAACUUCCCUUGGAUUUUGUAGAAAGAGCUGCAAAGCUUGUUGAUCUUAAGAACAACAACAAGUGACUAGAUUCUUUCACAUAACGAAAAACCCGGUGUUUUGUAAUGAAGCAUGAUGAUAUCUAUAUUUCUAAUGAAGUGUAACAAUCAUACAACCUACUAGGGG